GUCAAGCUCCGGCACGGUUCAGACGAGUUCAGUCGCGCCAUUCGGCCGUGGUGUUCACGUGCCAUCGCAAGCUUGCAAUACGUCUGUCGUUUCGUCGUCCAUAAGAGCGGAAAAACAUACCUAAAGAGGGAAGGGAAACGGAGAACGAGAAAGAGAGGGAGUGAGGCAAGUGGAUCGCACGCGUUCGAUGUUCCCGCUCGGAGAGGCCUGCCACGAUCGCAAGAAUGCCUAAUGAAAACGCGCCAGUGUGCGGGUGCGGAGUUGUGGUCGAUCUGCCAAAAUCACGAAGUGGCGCCCUGUCCUCGAGGAAGCUUACGAUCAGAAUAUCGAAGUCGAAGGGUAGCAAGUCGGACGGGCGGGCUGCCAAGAAACAACAAGACGACGCUCGUGGGAAGAGCAGAAGUUCUGAAACAGGAAGCUGCAGCUCGGUGACAGAACAAGCUAGACCAGUUACGAAAAGUAGCAAACACGAGAAGCGGUUGAAUCACUCAAGGAGAACCCGAAGCGCAGACAGAGCGGAGUCGCACUAUACUUAUAUAGAUUCUGGUUCGAGCAUACUCGGCGGCGGGAUUCGGGAAAACGCUAUAGCGGAGGCGCUGUAUGCUACCAUUCCAGACACGCCGAACGCGAGCGCCAACGAAACCGGAAAUAGUCAAUUAAAUGCGCAAAGUAGAUCGCAACCCGUUUACGCCAUUCCUUCUAUGGUAUCGCCGCCGCCUACCUAUGACGUAGCGAUCUCGAAAACGUGGCAGACCGGAUUGCCACCCACCUACGAGGAAUACCUGUGUCAUAAAUACGCCAUGAUAUCGCGAUCCCAUACACCACCUCCUCCAUGGUCAGAUUCUACGACAGCGACGACGACACCUACGGCACCAAACGUUCAGACGCGUCGCGAAUUGUUGGCCAGUCAGCCCGAACUCAGAGAAUAUUUGGCGCAGUUGUCGCUUUCUCAGAACAACGAGAGAUCCAUUGGCCAUCACCACCACCAUCAGGGAACCGUUCUGCGAGAUAGCAGCUACCUCUCUAACCAGCAAGUCUCGAGGGAGCAAGUGAGGACGCAACAACGUCCACGAGCUAUGCCUCCCAGAUCCCAAAGCGAGAGCCGUGUGCAGCAGCAAAGAAUCGCGACGAUGUACGAGGAUGGCGCGUUCUGCAUGGAAACGACCGCGUUGCAAUCAGCAUUCGAGAACGGGAUAGCCCUGUGCAGCUUGAUGUAAGCCACAGUGAAGAUCCGCGUAGCGAUCCGGAACGGAACAUAACUAGAGAAUUGCCCGAUUCGAAAAAUCGAGGCGUCUCUAUUCGCGACCGUUAGAAGAGAAGAAUUUCAUCGUGGAUGCAACGAAGCCCGUCAAGGUUCCGGCGACAAAUCCCUCGAUCGACUUUGGUAUAAUCGAUCACGCCCCUCAAUUCCUUUUUCUUUUUUCCUCCUUUUAACUUGCUAUUCCUUUCAUCGUGUCCGGGUAGAAUUAGAAACGUGAAAAGUUUCGAACUAGCACGACUAUCGUGAAAUGACCGAUAAUUAAGUGUAACUUUUUCGCUCGACUUUAUCCAGAGGAGAAACAAAAUCGAUGGACGUCCACGAGCACGAAAGGGAUUUCGAAAGUUGGGCGAGCGUUCGGAAUUUUUUAAGGCUAGUUGGAAACUUCCCAGACGGCCGGAAGUCGCCGGAGAUCCUCCAAGUUUUUCCAACCAUGCUGGACUUAAUCUGUUGGAGGAACGUGGGGAAACUUCCGAGAAACCGCGAGGAUCUCGAGGAAACUGUCAACG